AUGAUCCUACCACUUCUGGGAAUCCAUCUCCUGCUGCUGCUAUUGUUCCACCAUGGGCUAGCAGGAAAUCCCCUCUCGGUGACCAAGGAGCUCCUAGCAGAGCAGCUGGAACAGCAUGUCAACAGAGGGCCAAGGUCUGCCAAUUGGGCCUAUAAGAAAAGGAGGUUCUUAGAGAAGUUUGUUGAUGAACUAGAGAUCUCUCUGCCUCCAGAUGUGUACUGUAAUAUCUUUAUUAGGAGCAGAAAAAUCAUGGUUUCUUCAAGCCCAUGCAAGAAAGAACACUAUUUUGUCCAUACCUCCUGGGAUAAUCUACAACAGUUGUGUAAAAAUAAAAAAAUCCCAUGUAAGAAUUCCAAGAAUAGCUGUUACCAAAGUACAAAGUAUAUGGAUGUAACAGUUUGUCAGCUACUUGAGGGUGAACUGUUUCCUUAUUGUGAAUACACAUCUGUUAAAAAAAGGAAAAAGGUGGUCAUCUCCUGCAAAAAGCUGAGAGAUGCCACUUCCCUUUUCCCUGAUUCUGUGGAAGCAGUUGUUGACUAA